UUAUUUACAGUGAAGGGAGAAAGCGGCGUGUUGUGUCCGCCUUUGGUGUCCGUCCUCCAGCUGCGGCGGAUGGGCCGCUCCGAGAGGAAGAACCGGAGCUUCUGAAGAACCGAGAAGAAGAAGAAGAAGUGAGUGUGAACAGAAGGUUCCUGAUGGCUCCUGUUGAUCCGGAUAAACCAGGAUCAGGCCUGAGUAGUAUUGACACUCAGCUAACAGCCCACUAAUUAUCAGAUCACUCACAGAUAUUGACGGGCUUUACACGGGCCUGGAACGAUUGUGGAAAUCAUUUUAAACCGGGUUAGACUCAGAAAACUGGGUCAUGGACGCUGAGAGCGGGGAGCUGUUCCUCAGCGGCGUGGCGGCAGAAAGCUGGCAGCUCGACACUCCUUUCCCCUGCUCUGAACUCAUCUUCAGCGGGUCAGAGAAGCCCCUGCAGGACUGGGCGGUAGACCCCGAAUGUACGCUGGAUGACAGCGAGUCAGAGGACGUCCUCCAUGCCGUGGAUCCUAACAAAGUUUUCCCGACCGUGCCGACAGCCGACCCCUGGUCUGAGAGCGACAGCGGCAUCUCUGAGGAUCCGGUAGUGGAGAGUCCCGUCACCACAGCCGGUGAAAUCGUCACAGCGGUGAGCACGGCGGUUGUUCAUCCGGCCCCGGUUUUCCAGGUGGUUUAUGACAUCAGCAGCCUGGGCGGAGUGAAGACCGAACCGGGACAGGAGAACGUCAUCUCCAUAGAGCUUGAUGAGUGGAGCUCUCAAGUGUUGUUUACAGACUCGUGCAUUGUGAACGAGCUGCCCGUGCUCUCUGCUGCUCGCCUCGAUGGUAGUGUGACCGCCGUCGCCCCUCCCAGUCCUGAUGAUGACCUGAUCUACCCAGACCUCCAACUGACGGAGGAGGAGCAGAAACUGCUGACACAGGAGGGAAUUUCUCUGCCCAACAAUCUUCCUCUCACUAAGGCAGAGGAAAGGAUCCUGAAAAAGGUCCGUAGAAAAAUCCGCAACAAGCAGUCGGCUCAGGACAGCAGACGGAGGAGGAAGGAGUACAUCGACGGGCUGGAGAGCAGGGCGGCAGCGUGCUCGGCACAGAACAAAGAGCUGCAGAGGACGGUGGAGCAGCUGGAGAAACGAAACAUGUCUCUGCUGGCUCAGCUACGACAGCUCCAGUCUCUGAUCAAACAGACGGUCAGUAAAGGAGCUCAGACCAGCACGUGUCUACUGAUCAUCCUGGUCUCUCUGGGUCUGAUCAUCAUGCCAAGUUUCAGCCCGUUCAAACGCCACAUGUCUUCAGGCGACGACUACAGACCCAUCGGAGUUCUUUCUAGAAACAUCCUCACCGACCCCGCCUCCUCCCAGCCGGCGCCGGAGGAAGCCGACGGUCCAGCUAUCAAACAGUCCGACUCCCCGUCAUCGUUGAUUGGCUCUGAGCUCAGCCAAUCAGGAGCUCAGGAUGGAGAAAGAAACCCCCAAGAACUAAAAGAAAACCUUGAAAAAACAAUACCUGAAGUGACUGCCCACAAUGGGAGCCAAUCAGGGAACAGCUCUGCUCCUGUUGCCGGGCAGAAUGAGCCUUUGGCGCCGGGUUUGAGGUCGAAGGGAGGAAGUCACGAUCCGGCCAAAAAUGCACACGCUGACGAGAUGUGAGCAGACUGUUUCUCAUCGUGUCAUGUUAGGAGAUAAGGUCAACUCCGUGACAUUGAGGUCACAUGACCGGAGAUGGACGCUUCAAAUAAUCGACGCCUGCUACGCUUGGCUUUGUUUGGUGGUGGUAUUAAAAUAUCUGAUUGGAAUCCAGAUAAUAAAACUAAACAAAAAUGGUGUCACUGGUUUUCUAACGGGUUUAUAAAAAGGUCAAAUGAAGGUAAAGGUUGUUUUUUAAAUUUAACCACAAUAAAAUGUUUUAUAAACUCA